AAAGACACUUUCCAGUACGUACAACAUCUGGUUUUAUUGAAGAUUGAUCAGCUGCAGACAUGACAGAUAAGGAAGAUGAAGCCGAAGAUGGCACCAGUGACCUGACCAAUGGGGAAACAGUGUUUGAUAAUCACCAUGGAAACCAGCAGUCAGAUGAGCCCUCUUCUAAUUUGAGGCCAUCAAGUGUACCAACUGUGAUGAGUCACAUAAACAGUCUCAAGUCUGUGAUCCAAAAUAACUUUCUCAGUGAGUUCCUGGUGAGCCAGUCAUCUGCUAACCACACUCCUGAAAAUGUUCGACUUUCACUGUACAGUCGAAACCAGGCCAUUGCUCGUCCAAUUCAUGACAGGAUCAUGAAUGGGAAUCCAACACUUCCAGAAACUCAGUCAGAAAAUCAUGAUUGUGCUGAGCAAGUGACAAGUGAUUUCAGAAAUACUGUUUUAGGCCAUCACGAGGAUAUGAACUGUACAGAGACAGAAUCUUCACCUUCAAGUUCUGUGCGCUCUGUAGUCACAGUACAGUGCUCAGGAACAGAGAACCAAGAUUCACCAACUCAGAUUCAGUCAUUGGUUAACAACCAUCAUGAUUCAGCCAGUCAUAGUGAAGGAUCUCUCACCAAUCACGGUGAUUCACUCAGUGGUCAUGAAAUUUCAUUGGUUUGUAACAAAGACUUAUUAACCAAUCAUGAGGAUUCACUGAAUCACCGGGAGAAUUCAUUGGCAGAUAGCCAGGGCUCAGCAUCAGCUGAUCAAGUGGAUUCAGUGGACCACCAUGAAGAUUCAUUAAAUGCUCCUGAGGAGCCAUUAAAUCAUCCAGAAGAGUCACUAAGUGACCAUGAGGAUUCAUUGCAUCAAACAGAGGACUCUUUGUCUAAUAAUGAGCAUUUAAUGGACCAGGAAGACUCGACUAAUCAUUUAUCAGACUCUCUCAGUUCCUCGGACCAUUCUGUUGUUGGGCAAGGUUUAGACACGCCAACAUUUCCUGAAACUACUCCGUCCCUUCCCUCUCCAGGUGUUGUUCAGUUCACGAGUGAUACCACAGAGACGCUAUCUCCAGGGGAAUCCUCUCCGGUGUACCCAAAGCUGUAUUUUCCCAAGGACCCAGGAGAGUCUGUGUAUACGUGCCAAUGGCAGGACUGUACUAGUCACUUUUUGAGUCUGGAGGAAUUGGUGUACCACAUCAAUGACCAGCAUGUGAGGCUGGAGAAGACAGACAUGGAGUACCAGUGUAAAUGGUAUGGCUGUCCUCGCAAAGGAAGAGGCUUUAAUGCCAGGUACAAGAUGCAAAUCCAUAUACGCACACACACCAAUGAGAAACCUCAUGAAUGUGUCGUCUGUGGAAGUUUCUCACGCUUAGAAAACCUGAAGAUUCAUCAUCGCUCUCACACAGGCGAGAAGCCAUACCUGUGCCCAUUUAAAGGCUGUAACAAAGCCUACUCCAAUUCCAGUGAUCGCUUCAAGCAUGUCCGAACCCAUCAGGAGGAGAAGCCUUACAUUUGUAAAACGCCGGGCUGUAAUAAACGCUACACAGAUCCCAGUUCUUUACGGAAACACAUCAGAACCCAUGGUCAUUACUUCCGGGGUGGACCCUUUCGCUUCAUUCCACAAUGCACAAUUCUACCCAGCCUGCAAACAAUUCCCAGUCACAAGCCAGUGGUUUACACUGGGCUGACCACGCCAGUCUGUGUUGUGCCGUCCACAGUGGGCCAAACCAUUCCUGGCACGCCCAUUAUCUCCUUCCACGGCAACAUCAUGCACAUUUCUGGGCUGACCUCUAACCCACUUUUGUCCUCGACGAUAGUCAAUAUGCCCGGAGUGCAACAACCACCUCAAGCUGCACUCAGACAGAGGGCAUCCCUCUGGUUGCCACAACUGUCGUACCCCAGUCUCCUACCAAAGAGACAUCUCAUGACUUUAAGUGCUGAUGCUUCUAUGUUGGAGGAAGAUCCCAAAUGCCAGGAGGGUCCCCUGGAUCUCUCUACCAGCCCAGAACUGCCAACCCACCCUGUGGAAGAAAACACAGAGGACUCUGUGCACAGCUCUUACUCUGUCUGCAGUAAAUGGGAACUCACUGUGAUCAAUGCUGGACUAGUUGUGUUAUAUGUGUGCUGA